AUGCAACUACCCGUUUUAACGUCAACUCUCUCCAACUCGUCUACUCUUGAGGAUAUUUUAAACUCGAACGCAAGAUGGAGAGAAGGCGUUAAUGGCCAGUUUCCAGACCUCUUUGAGGUUAAUGGAAAGGGUCAAUCCCCACAUACUUUGUUUAUUGGAUGUGCUGAUUCUCGCUAUAACGAGAAUUGCUUGGGUGUGCUUCCUGGAGAAGUUUUUACAUACAAGAAUAUCGCGAAUGUUGUUAAUCUUAAGGAUGUAGGGUUUCUGGCUGUCAUAGAAUUCGCAAUUAACGUGCUGAAGGUCAGCAGAAUUAUUAUUUGCGGUCACACCGACUGUGGUGGUAUCAAGGCAGGAAUUGUUGAUGAAUUCCCAAGCGAUUGUGGUCAUUUGCGAGAGUAUUUACAGGAAACCAGGGAUAUUUAUGAACAAUAUAGAGUAGAAGUUGAGAAUAUGAACCUUCAAAAUAAAGUACAGCAACUGGCGUCCUUCAAUGUUGAGAAACAAUACCAAAGGUUAUUACAAAAUGAUACAGUUAGGCAAGCGGUGAAAAGUGGUCAACUUGAAGUCUAUCCCCUAAUUUAUGAUGUCGGAACUGGAUUCUUAGAGGUUGUCAGUGUAGGCGGAAAUUAG